UAUUUAUCAUUGUUUUCUGAUGUGAGAUAUUAAAGGGAUACAACGUGCGGAUAAAUAUCGGGCCGCCAUGUUUAUUGUUACCGUGGCGUUAUGUCAGUGAUUGCAUCGGCGAUUUCGGCACAUUGUCACAGGAUCCGGGUGCACUUUUUUCUUGAAGUCAUUUUCAUGAUGAUGUGCUUGCUGGUUUCUCGAUGCUUCUCCAUUGACAUUUUUAUUAUUUAUUAGUGAAAUAUUUUCAUGGAAGCGUGGGAGUGGAUUCUGUGGCGGAUGUACACUCAGACGACGGGGGGCGUACAAAACGGCGGAAUGAUAUCGGUUGAUAGUGACACCGUGACUAAAAAUGACGACUGACUCCGAGGAGAAUCAUUUAGGAAUGAAUAUUUAUUUCCAGUUUUUGGAUUCAAUGAUUUACCAGGCAACACGAAAAAGUGGACACCCAAGAAGAGGACCAUCCAAAAAUCUCCCAAUGAAACCCUACACACCAGAGCACAUCAAAAACCAAACGUCCAUUCCAAGAAACCAACUUCCAACUUUGCACGUUGACCCAAAAAACGAAAUGCAGCUAACUCGAUGACAAUCCAAAGAACCAUCUCAACUAAGAAAGGAAAGAAGCAAGGAUCCUCAUCUCCAUCCAACCUGCAAGGUUUCAUACAGACAAAUUUUAACCCUCUAAUUCCGCUCUAAACUCUCAACAUUGGCUUCUUUGAAGUAACGAGCACGCGAAAAAGAAGAGAGGAGAGAGAAGAGAGGAAGAGCUCCAUGGAGAGAGUAUGCGCGAUAGAGGCAGAGCGCUGGAGGGAGAAGCUGGCUCAGGGAGGGAGGGGAAGGCUGACUCGUAGCCGGGUAUCGAUCGUCGACUAGAAAACUACCCCUCGAGGAAGAAGCGCAGUGUGCAAAGCCGACUACGUGCGAGUCGGUGGUGUCCGUGGUGCUCGUGGUCCACGCGGCUCUGUAGACGGCCCAGUGUUUCAGCGAGCACUCUGAUCGGUUGUAUUCCUCCUCGGCGAGCAUAUAUUAUCGGCACGCUCCGAAGACCGGAUCGUCGGCGUCCGAGGGUGUCGCGGGAGUCCUGCAUUCGAGGCGCACGAGAUCUUCGCUGGGCUGUAAAUAAGGGCAGAAGCGGUCCACCAUGGCGUUCGCGGGGUUGAAGAAACAGAUUAACAAGGCUAACCAGUACAUGACGGAGAAGAUGGGCGGCGCGGAGGGCACCAAGCUGGACGUGGACUUCAUGGACAUGGAGAGGAAAACCGACGUCACGUGCGAGCUGGUGGAGGAGCUGCAGCUCAAGACGAAGGAGUUCCUACAGCCGAACCCGACGGCGAGGGCGAAGAUGGCGGCGGUCAAGGGCAUCAGCAAGCUCAGCGGUCAAGCGAAGGCUUCUACUUACCCUCAGCCUGAAGGCGUGCUCGGCGACUGCAUGCUCACCUAUGGCAAGAAGCUCGGAGAAGAUAGUAUUUUUGCUCAGGCUCUCAUCGAAAUGGGUGAGGCGAUGAAGCAGAUGGCUGAUGUGAAAUAUUCUCUGGACGACAACAUCAAGCAGAACUUCCUGGAGCCCCUGCACCAUUUGCAGACCAAAGAUCUGAAGGAAGUGAUGCACCACCGGAAAAAGCUUCAGGGCCGAAGGCUCGACUUCGAUUGCAAGCGAAGACGCCAAGCGAAAGCAGCCGGGAAAAGAUCCGGCAGUCCACAUUGUGGAAGUCCGGUAAGGACUUCAUCGCCAUAUACCGGUUCUCACGUUUCAGACGACGAGAUACGUCAGGCUGAAGAAAAGUUUGCGGAGAGCCUCCAUCUGGCACAGAUGGGAAUGUUCAAUUUGUUGGAGAACGAUGUAGAGCAAGUGGCACAGUUGGCAACGUUUAGCGAAGCUCUCUUGGAUUACCAUCAACAGUGUACUGAGAUCUUGAAAGCAUUAACAGAGACGCUUCUGGAGAAGAAAGACGAAGCAGCGAACAAGCCAAAAAUGGAGUUUGUGCCUAAGACGUUGGCUGAUCUACAUGUUGAUGCAUUACCCACAUCGGAUGCUAUGAACGGGGCGAGUCGAGCCGGGUCUCCAGUCCAUUUGGAAGGGAAGCGCUCACAGCUCGAGCUAUUUCCGGCUGGAAACCCGCCACAAUCUGCUAAUGCUUCUCCUUUGCCAUCUCCAAGCAAGUCGCCAGCAAGGACUCCGAUGACAAGACAACCGUGCUGUACAGCUUUAUUCGACUUCAAGCCAGAAAAUUCUGGGGAACUCGGGUUCAAAGAGAAGGAUAUAAUUACCCUGAUCCAACAGAUCGACGAAAACUGGUUUGAGGGCAGUCUGAACGGUCGCACGGGUUUCUUCCCAGUAACUUACGUGCAAGUCGUAGUGCCAUUACCUUAAAAGAACAUACUACGUCCUGAAACCAAAGACCCUGCAUUCGUUCACCAGCGUCUACCACGAAAUUAUCUUAACUCUCCAAUUAGCCUAACUCUCUCUCUCUCUCUCUGUCUCUCUCUCUCUCUCUCUCUCUCCCCCUCUCUCUUCCUCUCUCUUCGAGACUUCUCUAUUGUCACUUACGUUCUAUGAUCCCAAGGCUUGUUCGUAACGACGGAUUUCAAAGUUUCUCUGUCUCUCGUUUCAUUUUCUUCUGUUGUCCCAAAAAUAGCUGUAUACGCAUGUUAAUGUACAUAUAUAAUGUUAUAGUGUCUUUUAUCGACGUAAGGACCCUCGCGCGCGCGCGGACACGGAAAAAAAACACAGAGAUACAAGUUACAUACAUACAUAUGACGAAGAGACACACUGAUUCCGAAACACUUAAAGUACCUACGAUGGCAGUCCACUGUCACAGGCGGCUCAUUUUUCACGUUCGACGUCGUCUCUCAUAGUCAUGAAUAUAAUAUAACAACAUCCUUGUUAGUUUAUCACCAAAGUUCAAUUGCACAAAGAUAUCAGACCGCCAAGACUGCAUUGAAAUUCGAGUAGCGAGAAACCAUUUCGAAUACUCUUAUGCAUCUCGAGCAUAUUAAUUUCUAUCAUUGUCAACGUAUAUUACAUUAGACAAAAAUCUUUAAUUUUAGUUUUCUCACCUUUAAAGGUGUAUAUCAGUGUUUUCUAACCUGUCUUAAGAGAUUCGUUGCUCACUUGAACACGUGAUAAAUCGUUUGCAUGAGGCCAUCUCCAUUGUACAUGUUUUCUACACUUAUUUCUUGGUAUAUGUACGAAAAGAAGAGAAAACGAGAAUCCUCCGAAUCGUAGAGUACAAUUCUGAGUUUGGUCCUCGACGCGUGAACGCAGUAUUCGUUCCUCGUUCAUAGGUCGUUUCACACAAGCGACGGCGCUCGUCCUUUUUUUCCAUUAAUCGUACUAGCUCACACCGAACGGAACCUUAGCGUUUAAUGCGAUCCUCACAAUGGCGGCAAAUUCUCUUCCUCGAAGUUGUGUGUUGUUGGUUGUCAUGGAGACAACGGUCAGCGACACCGUGACUCUAGCGGAUCGUUCGGUUCGGUUGACGAGUUGUUCUGUUGUGAUCGCUUCGAGUCGUGUGACGCGUCAGUUACGUUAGUACUAAUAGACUCUUCGCUUAUUAUUAAUUAGUCUAAUUAUACGACUUCUCUCGGUACAAGU